GGUUAGUAGAUGCCGCGACGCAGAAUGGAGGCGACUACGGAUGAAUGAGGGAUGUCCUAUCUCUUUUACUACACUACUACUACUACUUAUGUUUUUACACGGUGCUUGUUCCCCGCCAUUCUUGUUUUAACACUCCUUCCACCGUGUCCCAAACAUUUUUUCCGAAUCGCAACUCAGACUCCGUAUACCGAGAAUUGUUUUGAGGGGUUUGUAAACGAUACUCGACGUUUAUCUUUCUUCGCUCUCUAGUGGGGUCUCGUCGACUGUACCACCUGCCUGUUCAUAUCGUGGGGAGUACUAACGAUAGCCUCGCGGACACGGACAUUAUACGAGUGGCCGUUCGGCAGUUAGUUCAUUCUUUUGGAGACGAACAUCCCUUUCCACAUAUUUCCAAUACGACAUCGAUAAUCGCUGAGACCCUCGUGAAUCCUGCUUGCUAAUCAUGGCGACAACACCGGUUGAACACACAACGACGACGGCCAAGUUUCCCACACGCCAGAAGCCGCUUCCUUAUACUUUUGUCAAUGGGCGCCGUACCCCUCUUUCUUCCAUUCUCCCGCCCCUCGUCUUCGGCACCGCAACCUUCAACCACCUAUACAAUACUGAUCCCUAUGCCCUCGACACCACGGGUCUCGUCACAUCGGCCCUCACACAUGGCAUCCGCGCUUUCGACACAUCGCCCUACUACGGACCCUCUGAACAAUUACUCGGCGAUGCGCUCGCCACACCUUUUGUCCGCGAGACUUUCCCGCGCAGCUCAUACAUGAUAUUGACAAAAGUCGGGCGGAUAGCAAGCGAGGAGUUUGAUUAUAGCACAGAAUGGGUGCGAUAUAGCGUCCAGAGGAGUCUGCAGCGCAUGCAAACAGAGUACCUGGAUCUCGUAUACUGCCACGACGUCGAGUUUGUAAGCGCAACAGAGGUUCUGGAAGCAAUCAAGGAGUUGCGCCGCAUCAGAGACGAGGAAGGAACAAUCAGAUACAUUGGCAUCUCAGGAUAUCCGCUCGAUGUACUGGGCGACUUGGCUGAACUCAUCCUGCGCGAGACUGGCGAGCCCCUCGACGCAGUGCAGUCGUAUGCAAACUUUACGCUUCAGAACCAAGAGCUCGCUGGUAAGAAUGGUGUCUUGCGUCUGAAGAACGCGGGUGUGGAUGUUGUCCCUAACGCAUCGAUUCUUGGUAUGGGACUUCUUCGUCGUGAAGGCAUCCCCGUCGGCGCAUUGGGCGACUUCCAUCCUGCGCCGUCUGAUGUCCGCGAAGCCGUACGCAAAGCCAGCGAAUUCUGCGACGGCUACGGCGAGCGCAUCGAAGUCAUCGCCAUACGCUUCGCGCUCGAGACAUGGAUCUCGGCUGGUGCACUGUGUGGCUCCAAAGGCGACCCCGCGUCUGGUCUACCCUGGCAACACGAAUCCAUCGACGACGUUGGUGGCUCUAAGCUCGGUGUCAGUGUGAUCGGCGUGUCGCGCGCAGAGGAACUGGAAAAGACGAUGUUAGUCUGGCGUUCGAUUCUCGACGGGCUCGAGGGCGGCCAGGAAACUGCUGUCCAGGCUGGUCGCUGGUACCGCGCAUGGGAAUGGAGUACGAAUCGCCGAAAGGCAGUCCAGAUUCUUGCAGAAGGCGUGCAAGAGGUUCUGGGCCCCGCUUUUGGUUACACGUGGGCGAGUCCUAACCCGGGCUAUGUGAAUAAGCGGGUGAAGAUGGGACUUCAAGAUGACAACGCGUCUGCGCCCAAGACCAAAGAGUCAUGUUUGACACCUGCGGCUAGUCCCGCAGCCUUGCCCGUAAAAAACGUAUCGGAAGUUACUGAAGAUGAAAAGGUGUUGCCGUUGAGGUAGUACACGCAGAGGGAGGAGGACUUGGAAAUUGCUGCAUACCCCUAAAGUUUUGAAAAUAAACACAUACCCCACACGUGUAAAAAAUUGCCUUUGCGACCCUAGUCCCGGCUAUUGUUUUCUUUUUGUGUUUAGAGUUUCUUGUCAAUAACAUGGAAAACAUGGCCUGAUGGAAAAUAUCACGAAUCAAGAUCCCAGGCUGCAUUGCAUUUCCCCUGCGUUUUCAUAUGCGUGUGCAUCGGACCAAUGAUGUAGUGCCAACAUUUUUCCUUGUUUGGCCAUUUCCCUUGACAUGUGGGAGAGGGAAAGUUGCGAAUGCGAG